AUGAGAGAUAAUACCAGAAAUACAAAGCAAAAUAGAAAUUCUAAAGUAGCAUCUACAAAGAAAAGGACUACCAAACAUCUUGAUCCAGCUACAGAAUUAAGGAGGAUAUUUGGACAAAGUGAAGAAUUUGAGUUUAGCGAGCCAAUUAUUGAAGCUUCUACGCCAGAACCAAAGACGGUGCGAGUUAGCAGUCAAAAAAGGGUAAGGCCAUGGGCAAGGCCAAGGACAACGGUACUGAUUAGGCAAGAGAAGUUGCAAAAUCAAACAACAAGUUCUCCAUCUAGGACUCCACUUCAACCUAUCCUGACUCCAAACCAAACUAAUCCAAAGACAACUCCCAAAUCUAUUGAGCCUCUUCCAGGCUUUGCUUUUCUCACUGCUGGUAUAUUAUCAAAACCUCACCAGUGGCUCCCACAGGAUGCCGAUGUAGAUAUGGUUAGGGAUAAGGUCACUGAGUCAAGGUUAUUGCCAGGUGCUGAUGUCUUACCACAAUACAAGUUUAAUGAACCUCCUAGGAAAGAAGAAGGCCAAAGCGCGGUACAGAACUUUCCAGGAAAAUGUUCAAUUGUGUAUUUACUCAACAACGACAACAAUCAGCAGCAGCAUAGGGCUAUGGAGACCGAUCCAAUGAAAAACUAUACUCCUCUGCAAACACCCCAGUCCAAAAACCACUUUUACGGGAAUUUGCGUGAACCGCUUUCGUGUACCCCCGAUAGCGAUCAAUUUCUCAAAACUUUUAAUAGUUUUCCAAAAUCUACAGGGUAUGAUAAUGAGAUUAACACAAAAGGCAACGGUUAUGGACUUUUGACGAAUAACUCGUUAGUAGAUAUGAGUCAAGUCAGCAAUUUGUCCAAUAACCUUUCCAAUUUGGAUCAAUCCACCUAUUCGAAAAUUGAUUCCUUUACAAAGUCAUCUUUUCAUGAACCCAUGAGUAUUACACUGAGGCAAGCUGCCUCCUAA